UCCAUCUCUGUAUCUCGUCCUCUUCUUUGACAGCGUGCUCAUUUUGCCCUUGGCCUCCAUUUUGUUUCUCUCAUUGUCGUAUACUCUUAUACAGGCGUAGAAGCUGUUAUUAUUUAUCAUACAGUUUAUCGCUCUUUGCUCGCCGUAAACGUGCUGCUUUUUUCCCUCGUGAUAUGUCUCGAUAUUUCGUUGUUGAUAUCUUCCGCUACUAAACUUCUCUUCUUUUCCCUCCCCCUGUCUGCCAUUUCUAUUGCAUUUCAUUGCCAUGUUUGUUUUGUGCCCUUUCCGUGUUCAUGCAGAACUUGGCUAACGGGUUUCUUUCGUGCUCGAUGUCCACAGCUAUGGUGUGUUCUACAGCAAAAUCUUAACAACGGAACUCUUAAGCCGCUGGCUGGUAUGGACCCAUCAUUUAUAGCUCUCUCCCUGUCGGCUUAGUGCAGUGCAAAUUUCAAAAUGACUAACCAUGCAAGUCAUGUAUUUAAGAGCGGCUUUGCAGCAUGUACAAAGGUAUGCAUCAGUUGUCGCAAUGCAUUUUAUCAACUGUAUGGUGACGUUCACUGUCGUUUUUGCUUGUGCAGAAACAUGAUAUUAUAUUUCUCGAGACCGCAAACCGUUGUUCAAAAAUUUCAAGACCGCAAACUGGACAUUAUAUUGAUCGUGUUCAUGUUACUCAUAGUUAGCAUAUAUUCAGGAUUUAAGUGAUGGGCAUGUUAGUAUGCUAACUUCAUUUAUGUGCAACUAAGUUGUGUUAAAAUAACAUUGAUGGACCCAA